AACUUUUCGCCUGCAAAAUGGUAAAUUCCGAAUCCAGUUUCACAAAUCGCCAGUUACGUUUUGGCUUUGCUUCCCCAAAAAGGCAACUUUCCCAUUGGUUGGCGAGCUGUUUUUUUUUGUGGGUUUUCCCAUUUCCCAAAACCUCGGAAAAAAACGGAGACUGGUUUGGUGAUAAUUAGGGAGAAGAACAGUAUUGGGUGUUGAAUUUUGAUCUCUGUCGAUAGUUGGAGUUACCCAUGGUCUGAUGCAUGAUUGUUUAAUCGGGCUUGGGGAAAAUCCUUAGUGUGGUGCAAAGUUUUCGACUUUGCUUGCACUCCCCAAUUUCACCAUGGAUGCAUGGUCAGAAGUACACAUGGGUGAAAAUAGGGUGAUGGAUGGCCGAGGUGUGGUUCAUAAUGGCACUCAAUCUAAACGUGGAAAUCAUGAAGAAAUUUCUGCCAUAAUUUCACAAUUGAUGAAAUUGGGUAACUUAGAGAAAAUCAAUUCAAAGUCCCUUUUCAUCGCUGUAAAUAAGAUUCUUGAUGAAAGCAUUGAGAAAAAGAAUGAGGAUAUUCCUCAGCAUGUCGCAUCAGUGCUGAAGUUAUUGGUGCAAGAAAUUGAGCAGAGAAAUUCAAAACAGGCAGAUAAUAUGAAGAAGCAAAACAAUCUGUACAAAUCACGUGAGGACAUAUAUCUUUUACAAAUUAAAGCAUUAGAAACCCUUGCUGCUGGAAUAGCUGAAGAGAAUGAGGUUGUCUUGAACCAACUUCAACAGAUCAAGAUUGAAAAGACGAAGAUUGAAGAAAAGAAGAAGCUUGAGGAGCAGAAUUUGAGUAGAUUGGAAAAAGAAAAGGAGAGCUGUGAGAGAAAUAUUGUAUUGCUAAGUGAAGAGUUUACAUCAGCCAAAAAGUCAUAUGAAGAGAAUAUCUUGAAAUUGAAAUCCAAGGCUGAUGAAACUAAGGAUAAGCUAGAGAAGAAAAUACUGGAACUUGAGUGCUUGUUGAAUAAUUCAAGGAAGAAAAUAAAAGAGAUGGAGGAUUUCUCAGAAUCAAAAUAUUUGGGAUGGAAAAGAAAGGAACAGGGAUACAGGCACUCUGUAGAUUCUCAAUUGGGAUCAAUUCAGGAGUUAAAGUUGGCCUCUGAGUUCGUAAAGCAGGAAGUCUUCAAGAUGAAGAAUACCUAUGCUGAAGAAUUUUAUCAUUUUGGCUUAAACCUCAAAGGCUUGAUUGAUGCUGCUCAAAAUUAUCACAGUGUGCUUGAAGAAAAUCGAAAGCUGUACAAUGAGGUUCAAGAUUUGAAAGGAAACAUUAGAGUUUAUUGUCGCAUAAGGCCAUUCUUACCCGGUCAAAAUGCAAAACAAACAACUAUACAGUAUAUCGGCGAUAAUGGAGAGUUGGUUGUUAUAAACCCCUCAAAACCAGGAAAAGAUAGUCAUCGUCUUUUCAAAUUCAACAAGGUCUUUAGUCCAGCAGCUACUCAAGAGGAGGUAUUUCAAGACACCCAACCGUUGAUCAGGUCUGUUCUUGAUGGGUAUAAUGUUUGCAUACUUGCUUAUGGUCAAACCGGUUCUGGAAAAACUUACACAAUGUCUGGACCCAGUGCAGCAUCAACUGUAGAUUGGGGAGUCAACUAUAGGGCUCUGAAUGAUCUCUUCAAUAUCUCCCAAAAGAGACAUAGCUCCAUUGCAUAUGAUAUUGGUGUCCAAAUGGUUGAAAUAUAUAAUGAACAAGUGCGUGACUUGCUUCGCUAUGGCAGCUCUCACAAGAAACUUGGGAUAUGGAACACUUCACAACCCCAUGGGUUAGCUGUACCUGAUGCUAGCUUGCACCCAGUUAACUCAACCGCAGAUGUAUUGGAAUUGAUGAAUAUUGGAUUAACAAAUCGGGCUACAGGUGCUACUGCUUUGAAUGAAAGAAGCAGCAGGUCUCACAGUAUCCUCACUGUUCAUGUUCGUGGGAUGGAUUUGGAGACUCAAUCCAUUUUGCGAGGUUGUCUGCAUCUAGUCGAUUUGGCUGGUAGCGAAAGAGUUGAUCGCUCUGAAGCAACAGGUGACAGAUUGCGAGAAGCACAACACAUUAACAAGUCCUUGUCAGCUUUGGGAGAUGUGAUCUUUGCACUGGCACAAAAAAGUCCUCAUGUGCCAUACAGAAAUAGCAAAUUGACCCAAGUUCUACAAAGUUCCUUAGGCGGUCAAGCAAAGACUCUUAUGUUUGUACAACUCAAUCCGGAUGUAGAGUCCUACUCAGAGACUACAAGUACCCUCAAGUUUGCUGAGAGGGUCUCUGGUGUGGAGUUGGGUGCUGCACGAAGUAAUAAGGAGGGUAGGGGAGUCCGUGAACUCAUGGAACAGGUAGCUUCUCUAAAAGAUGUUGUUGCAAAGAAGGAUGAAGAAAUUGCUAGCUUAAGGCUGGCGAAAACAAAUGGAAGCAGUGAAAGGCAUGGUAUAAAUUCACCAAUGUAUGGGUCUGCCUCUUCAAGAAUACACUCUGUGGGAACAACAAGAAAAAUCCAAAGACUUCCACGAGGAAAAAGCCCAUCAGAGAAAGCUGUUUCUGAUAAUAGCUCCGAGUACAGUGAUAAGCAUUCUGAGACUGGUUCUCAACAAUCAGUUGAUGAUUUUAAGCACCACAAAGAAUUCUUUCUACAAUCAAGACUUGCUAUUACUGGUGGUGGUAAAAAAUUUUCAGAAGACCCUGGAUUGAUUGUAGGUUCGUCACAUGGAGAUAAAAGUCAUAGUGAGGAUAUAGAGCUUUUGGGGUUUGGAGAUCCUGAUUCUGAAGAGAGACUUAGUGAUAUAUCCGAUGGGGUACUCUCUAUGGCCACAGAAACUGAUGGUUCGAUUAACAGUAUUGUGGAAUACACCCUUUUUCCAGAGACAGCAAAGCCAACUGCAGAGAGCACUGAUAAAUCUGAUGCUGUGUCUAAACCCACUGCGGAUUCUAAAUUUCCAAGACCACCUAGGAAACAGAGCCACUCACCCUCAGGACCAUCAUUGUCUUCUCCAAGCAAGAGCUCCUCCAAGAUCCCAAUUUCUAAGAAAGCCACAGCAAGCAGUUCCACAGCUAGAACUCCCAGAAAAAGGCAGUAACACUGGAGAAAGAUGUGUGCAGAUUAUUGCAAUAAGGCCAGCCUCCUUUGGGUUAUAGAUACUCAAAUUGCUUUUACCAAAGGUACUGGUAGCCUUAUUUGGAAAACAUGUAAUUCAAAUCAGAUGAUAGUUCAUACUCCACAGGCAUCCUCAUCUUGCAAAGGCUGCUGAUAUGUUUGAUACUCUAUUGUUUUGGAAGAGCAAAAUUAUCACAACCUGCAUCAUUGAUAUGUAUUAAUAUAUGUGUUCGUCAUACUUAUGCGUGUUCGCACACACACACAUGUAUGUCCAUUUUGUCGCAAACAAUACGUUUUAAGACACUGAUGUGCAAAGGAAAAAAAAGCAUGGAUGGUGAUUGUCAUUUAUUACCAUAGAUACAAGGCGUGCCUAGGAUUGAGCCUCCAGGUAAAGCUUCCCUUGGGCACAAAUCGGAUCACAAAAAGAAUAGAUUGCCUGAGACAAUCACAGUCCAAGAUAAUCACUAUCCCUCCCUAACAUUUAUGGUAACUAUUACAGAAAUGGGAUUUCUUUUUUGCAGUGAAAGAGCUCAAAUCUUCAGCUCAUGGAUGUUUGGUUUGCCAUGGAUUCUGGUUGCUCUUCAACUCUCCAAUCAUGUCCAAUGGAAUAUGCACUGCUCUUCACUUUUCUGGAGGGGAUUCUAAACUAUACUCGAGCAAUUGGGGAGAAUGGCGGAUUCAGUACAAAAUUCGGUAACACUUCACCCAUCUUUUUGUUAGCUGUGAAUUUCAUUUCCUCUCCUAUGUCUUCUACGAAUCUUUUGACUUCCUCGUCAGCAAACACUCUCAGGGAAUCACUUUGCAGUAGCUCUCUGCAUCUUUCAUUCCUGAAAGCGGGAGAUGUUUCUGCAGCAUGAAAAAUGGCAAUACAGAUGGCAAAGGCUUGCAAGGAGGAUAACUGAGCGUGGAAAUCAACUUUAUACUUCCCGCCUUCCACUGCACUCAUGCUGAAUGCCGGCACAUUAUCUUUCCUUCCCUG